GUACUCUCUUGUUCAUAGUUUGAGAACUUAAAAAGAAAAAGAAACUUUUCAUUCUGAGAACGUGUUAUUGUAGAAAAUGAAUUGGGUUUUGAAAAAGAAAGAAUCGGUAAACGCUUAAUCCAACUUUUUAUUUUGUAUUUUUAUUAAUUUUUUAGUACUACACGCUUACCGAUACUCAUUAUAUUAUACAAGGAAGUAAGCUUUUAUCCAACGAACAAUUUUGUUUGUAACUCCCCUGACUGACUCCUAGAAGAACUCAUUUACAGAACAGAACAGAGGAGCUUUGCACCUAAACUAAACCACCAACAAGAGAAACAGCCAACAAAAAUCCAAUCCUAGAAGCUGUGUCGUUUGUUUCUUCAGAAGAAGAAGAUCAAUGGGUACACCGAAAGAACACAUUGAAGAGAUACGAAGAGAAAAGUUUUCUAUUGGUGGGAAACCUAAUCCAUUGACUUAUGAUCUCCAUCAUGCAGUCAAGAAUCUCUCUGCCGAGCUUUACGCCAAAGAUGUUCAUUUUCUCAUGGAACUCAUUCAAAAUGCUGAAGACAACCAUUAUAUUGAUGGAGAGAAUCCAACUCUAGAGUUUGUCAUAACUUCUGAUGACAUUACUGGUACUGGUGCUCCAGCCACGUUGCUAAUUUUCAAUAAUGAAAAGGGUUUCUCUCCAAAAAACAUCGAGUCUAUUUGCAGUGUUGGACGAUCAACAAAGAAAGACAAUAGGAGCAGUGGUUACAUAGGAGAGAAAGGAAUUGGUUUCAAGAGUGUGUUUCUUGUUACUGCUCAGCCUUAUAUUUUUAGCAAUGGAUAUCAUAUAAGGUUCAAUGAGAGGCCUUGUCCACAUUGCAGAAUUGGGUAUGUAGUUCCUGAAUGGGUUGAGGAGAAGCCAACCCUUGUUGACAUACAGAAGAUAUAUGGAGCUGGUAAAGAUUCCCUUCCAACUACAACGAUUGUGUUGCCUUUGAAAUCAGACAAGGUCAAACCUGUUAAACAACAACUAUCUAGUAUUCACCCGGAAGUUCUGUUGUUUCUUUCGAAAAUUAGACACCUUUCUGUAAGAGAAGGUAAUAAGGACUUCAACCAGAACACUGCAACUUCUGUAUCUAUUUCAAGCGAGAUUAACUUUGUGACAAGGAAAAACAUGAAUGCUAAGUCAUACACAAUCCAUCUAUCUACGGGAGAAAGUAGUAGGGAUAAAAAGGAGUGCAGUUACUACAUGUGGAAGCAAAAGUUUCCUGUCAAGCUGGAAAAUGUGGUGGAAAGGAGAAGGGGUGUGGAAGAGUGUGUUGUGACAUUGGCCUUCCCACAACAGGAGAGGCUAGACAAGGAUAAGAGCUUACCAGGGGUUUAUGCAUUUCUUCCUACAGAGAUGGUCACUAAUUUUCCAUUCAUAAUUCAAGCAGAUUUUGUUCUUGCCUCGUCAAGGGAGACAAUUCUCUUUGAUGAUAAGUGGAAUCAAGGGAUUCUUGAAUAUGUUCCAUUAGCUUUUAUAGAUGCAUUCAAAACACUUGUGACUGGUUCUGAUGAAGCUCCACUAUCCAGCUUGCCUUAUAUGUUCAAGUUCCUUCCAAUUCAUAGUUCUCCUUUUGAGAUCUUCAAUCGUGUGAGGCAGAAAAUCAAAGCAAAGCUGGAUGAAGAAAAAAUUAUACCUAUCGAGACAUUCAUAAACCAGAAGCACUUCUAUAAGCCCCGUGAAGUUAACAGGUUACUACCUAAAUUUUGGAAUAUUUUGACAAAGGCCCGCGAGGAAGGAGUAUACUUGCUUGACCUAUCUUCUCCUGAUGGGAUGAAAAUCUUGAGUUCUUCAUUUGAUAAAAGUGAGUAUGAUGCAAUACUCAAAUUUUUAGGGGUGAAACAUGUGAAUUGUGAUUGGUAUGCAAAGUGCAUCCAGAGUUCUAAUCUCGUAGAUGGAGUAUCAGAAGAUGUCUAUCUUGAGCUUUUGCUGUUUGUUGCAAGACACUGGUCUUCAAUGAUUUCCAAAUCCAACAUCAUUAAUAUUCCAUUGAUUAAGUAUGUAGCUUGUGAUGGGAUUCUGUCCUUUUCUAGUCUUCAUGAAUGCAGACAGCAAGGUGCACGGAGAUUAGUACUAGCAGACUCAAGUAAGACUUGUCCUUGUUCUUGGCUGAUUAAUUGGAACAAUGUAUUUGCAUGUGCGACAAACCAAUUUUUUUUUAUGCCAGAAAGCACACAACAAGCCAUCUCCCAAUCCCCCAAUAAGCAUAAUCUGUUGGGAUGGCUAGCAAAAGAAGUUAAUGUCCGUAUUCUAGAUGUGAACAAUUUUGCAAAUGUCCUCUGCCGUUCUAUUAAUGAUAACUGCAAGCUUGCCAUUGCUUAUGCUCAUUUCUUAUACCACUCUUUGUCAAAGGGUUAUUUGUCAUGUCAGGAGGUUAAUGCUUUAUGCAGUUCUAUGCCACUUGUGGACAAAUUUGGACGUAUAACUAAAAGCAGAAAUGGGGUUCUUCUGCCUGCAAAUGUGAGCAAAUGGGCAGACUUGAUUGGUUCUAAUCCAUGGAGAAAUGAAAAUUAUGUUGAGCUAGGAAAGGCAUACCUAAAUGAUUCUUCUUAUGCAGGCCAACAUAUGGAUUCUGGGAAAUUUAUUGAAUUCCUCAAAACUCAUGUUAAAGCUUCUGACAUACCUUAUAUAUCUCCUCCAAAUGCUAGAUUUUCAGCUGCGGAUACACCACUUACCAAAGACAAUGCAUUUCUACUUUUGGAGUGGAUUCGGGAUCUGAAGAAAAGGGGAGUUCACCUACCAGAGAAGUUCUUGGAAUGCUUAAAAGGAGGCAACUGGCUUAAAGUUACAGGUAAUAGAUACAUGCCUCCUUCAAAGUCAUUCUUAAUUGGCUUAUCAUUGGGAAAACUUUUGCAAAGUGGUUUAGUACUUGUUGACAUUCCCCUGAUUGAUGAGAGCUUCUAUGGGGAUAGAAUAAAUGAAUACAAAGAGGAGUUGAAAACAAUUGGAGUGAUGUUCAAUUGUGAGGAAGCAUGUGGAUUCAUUGGAAGAGAGCUCAUGUCUCGUGCAGCUUCAUUCUCACUAAGCAGGAGUGAUGUUCUUUUGAUGCUUAACUUCAUCCAAUAUCUCAAGAAAAGUCUUCUUCCUUUGGACAAUUUUGUCGACAGCAUAAGAAAGGGAAAUUGGCUAAAGACAUCUUUUGGUCUUAGGUCUCCUGUGGGAUCGGUAUUGAAUGAUUCCGGAUGGCAAGUUGUAUCAUCACAAAUUAGUGAUAUUCCUUUCAUUGAUCAUGCUUAUUUUGGUGAGGAAAUAUAUAAUUACAAAGAAGAGCUCAAGUUGCUAGGAGUGAUAGUUGACUUGAAUGGAAAUUACCAAGUUGUCAUUGAGCAUUUAAAACCACUCUCAAAUUUGGCCUCUUUGACAGCUGAGGCUGUUCUUUUGAUAAUGGAGUGCAUCAGACACUUGAAUGCCCCCGAUAAACUCUUGAAUUCUUUAAAUGGAACAGGCUGCUUGAAGACCAACAUGGGUUUCAAGACACCAGCUGAAUGUUUCUUGUACGAUCCAGUGUGGGGCUGCAUUUUGGAGGUAUUCAAUGGUCUCCCUGUUAUUGAUCAUAAAUUUUACGGGCAGAAGAUUUUCUCUUUUAAAGAUGAACUGAGGCAAAUCGGGGUGGUGGUUGAUUUUGGAAAUGCUAUCAAAAAAUUUGCUAGUCUGUUUGAACAAAAGGCAUCAGAAGCUUCAAUUAACCAACAACAUGUCAUGUCAUUUCUCAAUUGUUGCAGGCUGCUGGAGGGAACCGACUAUAGUUUUCCUUCUGAAUUCGCAACCAUCUUAUGUAAAACAAAGUGGUUGCAUACUCGUGUUGGUGAUUUUAGGUGCCCAAGAAAAUGCAUUUUAUAUGGUCCGGAGUGGAAAUCAAUAUCUUCUAUAACUUGUCUCCCUUUCAUUGAUUAUAGUGACAAAUGUUGUGGUUAUAAGGCAGAGCUGAAGAGCAUUGGUGUUGUUACUGAAUUGAAAGACGGGUUGAGUUUUGUGGCUGAAUGUCUGAUGUUUCCUUCAAAUCCCUCCAUCAUUAGUCCUGAAAGUGUGUUUGCUUUGCUGGAAAGCAUCCAACUUCUAAUGCUAGAUAACAAGAAUACAAUUGAAGAUGAUUUCAGAAAAAGAUUGUCAAAAAAUUGGUUGAAGACAAAUGCUGGUUAUAAACCUCCAGAGAAGUGUUUGUUGUUUGAUUCCAAGUGGAGUUCUUUCUUGAAUCCAACUGAUGGGCCUUUUAUUGAUGAGAAAUUUUAUGGACCUAAAAUUGCAAUUUUCCAGAAAGAACUGAAUGCAAUAGGGGUCACUAGUGAAGUUGAGAAGGGUUGCUCCUUGCUUGCCAGUCACCUUGACUCUCUCUCUGAUCAUGAUACCAUUUUGAAAAUAUACAAGUAUUUAUGUCAACACAACUGGAAACCUGACGAGAAAGCUGCAAAAAAGAUUUGGAUUCUUGAUGGAAUUGUAGGUGGUAAGUGGGUUGAUUCUGAAGAAUGCAUCGUACACGACCCUGCUAAACUUUUUGGUUCAAAGUUUUACGUUUUAGAAGAUAUCUAUGAUAACAACGAUAUUCUUCUUUUUUUCUACUUUGCAAUGGAUAUCAAGAAUAAGCCCUCGCUAGAAGAUUAUGUUGACCUUUGGAAUGAUUGGGGGAAUUCAAUGAAGCAAUUGUCCUAUGAUGAGUGCUGCAGGUUCUGGAUGUCUAUCUCGAAACAUUUGAGCACAAAUGAAGAGAAAAAACUUGCUGAGAGUUUGAUGAAACUACCUACAACAUCAGGAAAUAAUGAAAUAUUUCUGGUAGAUAAGGAAGAUGUUUUUAUUCCUGAUAGCCUUCAUAUGAAGAAGCUUUUUGAGAAGGAAAAAGUUUUUGUAUGGUAUCCUCAGUAUAACAUGACACCAUUGUCCAAGUCUAAACUAUCCAACAUUUACAGAAAAAUUGGUGCUAGAAAUAUCUCUGAAUCACUAUGCAAAGAAGAAUCGUCCUUGGUGAAUGAUGGUGGUAAACUGAAGUAUGUUGAUCCAAAUAAUAUUUUCAACUUAAAGGGGUUGGUUAAGCUUAUUCUUGGUUUUCUUGCAUGUUCUAGCCUGAAAAUGGAACCAAAAAGGAGACAAGAAGCUGUUCAAAGUCUUAUCAACUUGAGUUUCCAUGAGACAACAGAGCCAAUCAAUGUAAGCUAUAGUUUAUCAUUAUCAUCAGGGGACAUCAUUACCAAGAAAUCAAACAAAAGGGUACGUUGGGAAAGUCAAAGUUGCAAGUUUAUCAUCCAGAAGAUGGAUGGAGUUCUUGGUGAUUCAUUGAAGUAUGCUACAAAUUUCUCUGAAGCAAUAUCCGAGGGUAUUUUGCGUGAGAAUCAUGAUGAUAUUCCUGCACUGGCCGAACUAAUCACAUUGGGUUUUGUGAUGAAAUUCAAGAAUGAAGAAAUUGAUUUUCUAAUGGAAUCCAAGAAUCUUCAGAUUGACCUUGAGGAUGAGGAGUUUCUCAGUUCUGCCUUCCCUUUUGACUAACUCUUAUUGGCACUGCUUACUUGUGUUUUCACUAUUUUGCUUAUGUCUGCCUUAUCUAAUUAUGUAUCUACAAUAUUUUGCUAGUUAUACUGUUAUUAUCUGAUGAGCAGUCGUUGGACUCUUAUGAUAACCCUUAAUUAUGGCAGUAGAAAUUCACUCUGUUGAUACAAUUGCUACUAUAAUAGUUUGAACUAUUGCACAACUUCAAUGCAUCAA